GCCGAUGACCGUGCGCGCCAACUCGACUGGUCGCAGUGCAACGCAACCCGCCGUUUGGUCGGAACGUCCCGGAUGCCAUAACCAUAUUUUACCACUAUUCUACUCGUUUUCGUGUUUAUUGCAACCGUUUCAUUUGUGUGCGUACCAUAAAUCUCAUUUGAUCGGCCGUCACCAUCAACAUUGUACUACAGUUUUGUGUUUGGUUUUGCUCGAGAAUUUUCAUUUUUUUUCAACGGCGAGAUUAAGUUUUCAAAACCGAGGACUCACCCGCUCGCAAAUGGUAUCGUCUCUCCUCCGCAACAAGAAUGAAACUAUGAAAGAGGGUCCGGAAGGUUGCGCCGACGACCCCCUGGACUCGUUGCAGCAGCUGAACGUGGCGUCCGGUGGCCCGUCGUCGGCCGACCGGCAGCCUGAGAAUCAAGUAGAAAUAUCCACGCUAUGCAUAGCGUCGGGGGACGACGUCGACGACUUUGACAAGAUAAUUGCGGGCGAAUGGCACGGCGGUUGUUGCAAUGGAUGCCCGUUCAGGGAAUGGAGGCUGAUCGGCAAAAAUUAUCAGUUAUUCUGCUUCAAAGAUUACGACGAACUACUAGCUACAAGACCAAUAAUAGCUAAUAUAGAAUUUUGCUUUCGGUUCAAGUCCAGUCAGAAAUGUAUAAAACACCCGAAUAUGCCCAACGCAAAUUGUUUCAUAUUCUUUGACAUAAUGGCGGAUGACAUUCAUAAAAACUGGGCGCAAGUGGUGCGUCGGCUGAAAGAAACAGCGGCCAACGCCACCCCCGCUCAACUUCGCCGAUGGUCUCGAACCGUGGAUGAUAGCGGUAACACGGCGCUAAUACUAGGAGUCAAGCGACUGAUGAACUGUGGUCUAUUUAAGCGGGCUCAUCAGUUCGCCACAAUGAUGUUGAAUUUCGGCAGCGAUGUCAACUGGCUGAACAACAGCGGUCGAUCGCUGAUCACUUAUACCGUCCACUACAUGGACCAUGCCAUCGACAUCACCAGGCUGUUGUUGAACAGCGGCGCUACCGUUUGGCUCGAAGAUUGCACUUCAGAUGCCAGACGAAACUACAUAGAGAUGUUGAACGAAUUCCGUAUGAAGUCCGAGUCUGGCAGGUGUGUGUUAGAAGACCCCAUAGAAAGUCCGGUGGAAAGCAUAUUCACAUGGUUCCUACGUUCUGUAAUGAUCAGACGGCGGUUAGACGACAGUUGUAUGCGCACCCUGUCGCUCAUAUCCCAGUCGAUGGGCGAAAACCCGAUGAGGAUGCACUCGCACGUGAUGCGCACCAUGUUUAGCCACGCACAGUGCUAUAACAUAUUCGGCAGAGUGUUCUUCGAUAUCAAACGGGCUUUGAUGCCGCAAUGGGCCGAACCGCAUUCGCUGCAGCAGCUGUGCAGGAAAUCCAUACGUCAGUCGUUGCUUCAGGGCUGCCAGAGCAACGCUCACCCGGACACCGUUGCCGAGCUAAAUCUGCCCAAACCGUUGCAAUCCUACGUCACCUACCACAAUUGAACAUCGAGACUCACUCUCUGCUCCUUUCCCACCCUUCAGCCCCUAGUCGACUGUUUCGCCAAAGCUUAUUCUCCCGACAUAUUAUCUUCAUGCUUUGUCAGUCAGUCUCCCCAGAUGAAACUGUAUUGUAUUCCAAAUUAAAAUCCUGCAUUCUGCAUUACUUACGAAGCCAGUAAAAUGUUUAGCUGGUAAAUAUUAUCUUGUUAUAAAAUAUCGUUUUUACAAUCUUGCCACUUACAACUAAAUUUGUAUUAAUGUUGUUUCUUUUUUUAUAUACUGCUGGGUUGCAAUAAACUUGAUAAACUGUUAAUCUUAAAGGGCCCAACCCCUUUGAAAGAACCGAAAUUGGAUUUUCUCCAGCCCAGUGUUGUAUUAUUAUGUAAUUUUACUAAUUUUAUAUAAGUACGCCUUUUUACCCAGAAUCUGUAUAUGAUAAUUGUAUAUUAGGUACUAUUUAUAUAAUACUAAGACGUAUAAUACUUUACGUCUUUAUAAUGCUUAUAGGUUUUUCCAGUAAUUAUAAUAUAAUUUUAAAUCGUAACUAAGAAAAACAACUAAUUACCAUUCAAUGCGGUCCAUUGUUAUUUUGUAUAAACGACGUAUUAAUAUGUUAGCAUAAUUAUUAUCUAUAUUUUUACGAUCUCGUUUACCAAACUAUUGGAGUGUUCAAAAACUAUUUAACUUUCCUUAAUAUUUAUACUUGUGUAAAUUACGUAAUAUAUAAAUAUAUUUAAUUACGGUCCAUCGAAUCCGUACUGGGUUCGCCGACUCGAGUAAUAAUUCAAUUUGUUUACUUUGAAAUUGUACACGGUCGUUAAGAUAAUAAGAUAUCAUAAAUUAGAAACGCUGUGCAUUGUAUUUAAAUUAUUCCUAAUAUUUACUAUUGAUUACCUAAAAUUUGGUUUUUUUUUUUUUUUUUAAAUACAUUGAUGUUGUAUUUUAUAACAAUAGUGCGUGCGUGCGUUUAUAUGUGUGUAUAAUCUAGUCGCAAAGUAGCGCGAGUAAAAACCAAAGGUAACGUGUCAAAAAUUACACGUUUAUAUUAUUUUUCGUGUUUUGAACUAUACCUGUAGGUACCGUACACAAUUUACCGUUAUUUCUUCCUAAUGAUAAAUUUAAAUCUAAUCAAAUUGUAUAAUUAACACUUUUUAAUUUAUACUGUAAACUACUUUUAAAUUAUUCCUCAAUUUUUAUUCAGAAAAUUUGUGAUUUUUUUUAAAUUUAUUUAUUUGCUAUAUACAAUAAAAAUUGCGAAUU